UUUAAUAUUUCCACGAAAAAAGGCGGGGUUAGAGCUGGGAAAAAAGGGGGAAAAAGUCAGAUAACGCACUCUGAGCACAUCCUGCGAAAGAAUUUUGGAUGUAAUGGAGUUGGAUCCAUAUGCAUUACACCAAAUGAAUGGACAUUCCUUCUAAAGAGCUCUGUUUAACCCCAGCCCUGCGCUUUUCCGGAGACGAGCCCAUCCUUCUGCUUUUGAAGGGCAAAAAAAGCGUGCGCGCGAAUUGAAAAAAGAAGAAGAAAAAAAAACAUAUGCAAUAGUAAUAAAAAAACUACUGGAUCUCAUCAGAUCAUCUGGAAGAAUUCUGGAGGGAAUGCAAAAUAAAUCCAGUUCCUCUGCCGGUUUUCGGAGGCGCACUGCGGGAGAAUCUCGCUGUUGCAGCUCAUAAUGCAUUGAGCUCGAGCUUCGAUAUGAAGCAAUAAUUUUUUCUUGGUGGUUUUUUUUUUUUUGCUUCCUUGCAACCUAUUGGAUAUUGCAAUAACACCCACAGAGUGGAAACAACCUCCUUUUUUUCUCCCGAUUAUUACUAUUGUGUGUGUGUUGCUUGUGUCGCACGAGCGCCGUGUCAGUGCUCAGCGCUUUAAAAGAAACCCCCAUCAUGACGUCUCCGGCGAAAUUCCGCAAAGACAAGGAGAUUAUAGCCGAAUAUGAAACUCAAGUCAAAGAGAUCCGAGCUCAGCUUGUAGAGCAGCUCAAAUGUCUGGACCAGCAAUGUGAGCUCCGUGUGCAGCUCCUCCAGGACCUGCAGGACUUCUUCCGCAAGAAGGCCGAGAUCGAAAUGGACUACUCGCGCAAUCUGGAGAAGCUGGCUGAGAGGUUCCUGGCCAAGACACGCAGCACCAAGGACCACCAGUUCAAGAAGGAGCAGAACGUGUUGUCUCCUGUGAACUGCUGGAACCUGCUGCUGACUCAGGUGAAGCGUGAGAGUCGUGACCAUGCCACCCUCAGCGAUCUCUACCUCAAUAAUAUCAUACCACGCUUCGCCCAGAUUAGCGAGGACUCUGGACGCCUCUUCAAGAAGAGUAAAGAGGUGGGCCUUCAGCUGCAGGAAGAUUUGAUGAAGGUCCUGAAUGAGCUGUACACGGUGAUGAAGACGUACCACAUGUACAACUCUGAUAGCAUCAACGCCGAGAGCAAGCUGAAGGAGGCAGAGAAGCAGGAAGAGAAGCAGAUGGGACGCGGGGCACGCCAGGAGGAGCGCCAAACCCCACGCUCACCCGACACACUCGCCAGCGUCAGGAUGGACGACAAGCCUGUUCGCCGGAGCUCUGUGAAAAAGAUCGAGAAGAUGAAGGAGAAGCGCCAAGCCAAAUACACUGAGAACAAGCUGAAAGCCAUCAAGGCAAGGAACGAGUACCUGCUGGCUCUGGAGGCGACCAACUGCUGCGUGUUCAAGUACUACGUCCAUGACCUCUCUGACCUCAUCGACUGCUGUGACUUGGGCUACCAUGCCAGCUUGCACCGGGCUCUGCGUACCUACCUCUCUGCCGAGUUUAACUUGGAGACAUCGAAGCACGGCGGCCUAGAGACGAUCGAGAACGCAGCUGAGAACCUCGAGGCCCAGGCUGACAAACAACGACUGAUGGAGACCUACAACAUCAUCUUCUGCCCUCCCAUUCGCUUUGACUUCCAGUCUCACAUGGGGGACCAGAUGGGCUACGUGUGCGCUCAGCAGCCGCUACAGGGAGAACUUCUGCAGAGGUGCCAGCAGCUCCAGUCUCGUCUUUCCACACUCAGGAUAGAGAAUGAAGAGGUGAAGAAGACAAUGGAGGCGACUCUGCAGACAAUCCAAGACAUGGUGACCAUCGAGGACUUUGAUGUGACCGACUGCUUCCACCACAGCAACUCCAUGGAGUCGGUGAAGUCUACAGUGUCAGAAUCGUUCAUGAGCAAACCGAGCCUGGCCAAGAGACGAGCCAAUCAGCAGGAGACUGAGCAGUUCUACUUCACGAAACUGAAGGAGUUCCUAGAGGGCAGGAAUCUCAUUACCAAACUGCAGGCCAAGCACGACCUUAUCCAGAAGACCCUGGGAGAGAGUCAGAAGACUGACUAUUGCCUUGCCAGCGGCCGGAGGAACUCGACCGCGAGAAAACAGGAAUCCGCUCAGGUCAUACCGCUGAUUGUGGAAAGCUGUAUCCGCUUCAUCAGCCGACAUGGCCUGCAUCAUGAGGGCAUUUUCCGCGUGUCUGGCUCACAAGUAGAGGUCAAUGAUAUUAAGAACGCCUUUGAGAGGGGUGAGGAUCCUUUGGCUGGCGAUCAGAACGAUCACGACAUGGACUCCAUUGCAGGCGUUCUCAAACUCUACUUCAGAGGCUUGGAAAAUGCCCUCUUUCCUAAGGAGGUCUUUCAUGAACUCAUGGCCUGUGUCUCUAUGGAGAAUCUCCAGGAUCGAGCCACCCACAUCCACAAGGUCCUCCUGUCUCUUCCCAGCAACACCCUGGUCAUCAUGCGAUACCUGUUUGCAUUCCUCAACCAUCUGUCCCAUUACAGUGAGGACAACAUGAUGGACCCCUAUAACCUGGCCAUCUGCUUCGGCCCCACACUGAUGUCUGUGCCUGAGGGUCAUGACCAGGUCUCUUGCCAGGCCCAUGUGAACGAGCUGAUCAAGACCAUUAUCAUUCACCAUGAGAGCAUCUUCCCUGGGUCACGUGAUCUUGAGGGCCCUGUGUAUGAACGUGUAGGAGCCACUGAAGAAUACUGUGAUAGUCCACACAGCGAGCCCCCCCUAGUGGACGAACCAGCGCCUGAUACCGUUUUGGAUAACCAUAACAGUGAUGAUGGCUCAUUGAACGUUUCAGACUCAGACCCUAUAGAGGCCAUUGCGCGCUUCGACUACUCAGGCCGUAACAACCGCGAGCUCUCGUUUAAGAAGGGCGCCUCUUUGCUGCUGUACCACCGCGCUUCUGACGACUGGUGGGAGGGACGACAUAACGGCGUUGACGGCCUCGUGCCGCACCAGUACAUCGUGCUCCAGGACAUUGCGGAUGGUGCUCACACCGGUCGAGGCAGCCCGAAAGCUGACCUAGAGGGGCCCCAUGAGGGAAUAGGAGAGAAAUUGUCUGCUAGAGGCAGUGCCAGCUCUCCCAUUGGAGGCCAUGUAGCUGAUAUCUAUCUGGCUAAUCUCAACAAGAUGAGAAAGCGCCCGGAAGCAAGUGGAAUCCGUAGAACUUUCCGUCCGGUAGAAGGCGAAGGCUCGUCCGGACCUGCGGGAGGCCCGAGAGGCACAUCGUUGCCCGAGAGCACAGACAAGCGGCCGCUGAGCGCCCACAGUGUCCUCAACUCCAUCACCCGCCACUCAUCCCUCAAAGCCAAGGUGGAAAGCCCUCAGCUCCGCAGAGGCACCCCUGCUGGACGAUCCAAGAGUUUUAGCAACCAUCGACCUCUCGACCCCGAAGUGUUCACGCAGGUGGAGCACAGCUCACAGGAAAUCCAAGCGACCAUUAGCACGGCGCUAAGUGAGCUACAGGAUCUGGACAAGAAGAGUGGCGGCUUGAAGCCGGCGCCUGACGUCGUGCUGGACACUUUGGAGCAGCUGAAGAGCGGCGGAGCUUCCGAGCCGUCCAGCCCGCUGCACUCCCGUCCGCUCCAGCACGCCCUCCAGUGUCCACUCCAGCGCAGUGCCAGCUCGGCCAGCGACGUGCCCUCUGCCUCACGCCCUCUCAAGGGCCCGGCUCCUAAAAGUCCUCUGUCCUCAGGAACGACAGCCGCUGCAUUCUCCUCUUCCACGUCCACUUUCCGAGACAACCGGCCUCCAGCCACCAGACCCAAACCUGCAGUCUUCCCUAAAAGUAGCAGCUCCAGCAGCACCUCUAGUAUUCCUCCAUCUCCCCCACCACCUCCACCUACCGAUAAAUCCUGCCCGGCUUGAGAAAACCUUCCUCUAUUUUGUGAUUCCAAAAUCCAGCCGCUGUUUGAUCCCCAGUUGUCAGUGGAGAGAUAAAUAAAUAACUAACCUCUUUUUAAUUCAUUUAUUAUUGACUGUAACCUCAAUCCUCAAAUGCAGUGUGUGGAUGUGAGUGUGUGUAUUGUCUGUGUGUGUGGUCCACAUGCACAUGGUGGGAUUUUGUUUUCAGCACUGUUGAAACCCAAGAAAAGAGUUCUGGCUGGGACGUGAACACACUCGAUCCCUCUUUAUAUAAUCUAGGUUUGUUGAUUUGAUUUUUUUAUUUAGGUUUGUGAAUUUGAAUUGGAUUCUUUCGGAAAAAUAUGUAGCUGUGAAAUUCUCUCUUCUUUUCCUUUCACUCUCACUUUCUCUCAUUUUUUAUUUCAAUACUUACCCUAGAGGGAGCUGGACUUUUUACGUGUGCCAUGACGGAACCUGAAUUUUACUGCAAUACUUUACUAUGAGCUCUAUAGCAUUGCAGUGGAAAAAUGUCUGUGUAUUUAUAUGCAGCAUUUUUAAUUUUUUUAAAUACUGAGAAUGUGUCUAUGUUUUCGUCAGUAUAAGCGAUGUCGGCUUUGUUCCCUCCUCACAUCGCGUUUUCAAUUCAGGAUAAAUACCGAAAGCUCAAGUACUUCUUUUGUAGAAAUUCCAGCAUGGCGACUUGCUUGCACCAUGUUCUCUUGAACAGUUAUACACACCUACUUUGUAACGGAUAACUAAUUAUUAUUAGAAACAUUGUUAAUUAACCAUAUUUCCACAAGCACCUGGAAAGCUCUCAGGGCAAACAAAAAAAAAAGUUGGGUCUCGCCUUAUUGUGGAUUGUCAUGAGCAGGACUGACAGAUAUUGUUGCAUUUGCUAUUUGUGCUCUUCGCUUUGCACCGAUUUUAUCCUUGCAUUGACUUUAUUUAAUCUAAGAUAAGAAGUAGGCGAGACUUUGGUCUCAUUUGUUAAUAAAAAAAAAACAAAACAGAGGAGCUGCUUGCUAUUCAGUAGUACUCACGCGCAACAAGUAGCAAGCUAACGUUACCCACCGAAAUCAGAAAAACUUCCACUUACUGCUAAUGCAUGGAAUUCAUUGGUGUCAUGUAAUCAAUCAGUCUGCAUGCUACAGGAAAAAAAUAUAUAAAUAUAUAUGUGGAUGGAUUUGAGUCUGAGAAUUUGAAAUAUUUUUCACUGGGUCUGUAAAAAAAAAAAUUUCAAGCUGAAGUGCACACCAGUCAAUAGGAAAGAUCUCAAAACACUGGUGGGAUCUUUACCUUACCUGGAAAAAUAAGACGCAUGGCCAAGUAUUAGAAAAAAAAAAUUAUACUUAUGUAUUGCUUUUGUCUGCGUAAUACGUCGAGCUAAUUUGUCUUUAUUCCUCCCAGCUUGAUUCUGUGCUAUACAGCAAAACUAUCCUCACCUGCAAGGUGGGUAAGACGAAGAUUUGCUGCUUCACAAACCCCUUCAACUCCAUUACCAGAAUCACAUGCACUUCUAUACUUCACAGUAGUACAACAUGACAGAACCCAGAGCAGAGGCAAUUUCUGCGUGUACCUGAAAUGAUUAUAGUUAUAACUGGAAGAAAAAAAAAAUGCAAAAGUGAGGAAUGUCUUGUAUCUUUGGUGACGUAUAUGAUGCAAAAAGAAAAAAGAAAAAAAAAAUCCUUGCCUGAAUUUAUAUCCAAUUCUUGUAAGUUGUAAUUUUUCUUCCCUGUAAGUAUGUUUCUAUAUAUGUUUCUAUGUAUGUACUUGUAUGGUGUAAACCCGCCUAAUGGAGACGGAUCAUUCCUGCUUUAUACGUCAGAUUGGGAAAUCUCUUCAUCGGAUUUACCUGGGAUAUACAAAUUUAUUAAAUAAAACAUGUUUGUAGAAUUUAUAAGAUCAGAGGAAACCUCUGAGUGGGUUCAUCCAACUGGUAAAAACAACAGUCAUGCUUCCCAGAUCUUUAACUACAGAUCUACAGGCAGUUUUUAUCAAAAAAAAUCUGAUCCAUCUAGUCUAUGUAUGCUUUAUAAAGAACUUUAUUUGAGAAACGCCUUGACUGUUUACUAUAUUCAAGCCUUGAUGUGGUGAAAAGGAGUAAAAAUAAUGUUGGGUGUGUGUUUUGAGGUCAAGAAGAAAAAACAAGCAUGAGGCUGGCUGAUUUUUUUUUUUUCCCUCUUAGGUCAAUCGAGACCCAUUAUUAAAAGCCUUAACAGUGUAGAAAUGUUGAAAAAUGCCUGGAAAACCUCUGAUUAUUCAAAAAGAGCAGAAACAAACAAAACAAAAAAACAUCAGUUUAGCAAAUUCUAAACUUAAAAAAAAGAAAAAAAAAAAGUUUUUCUCUGUGUUGUGUUACAAUUAUUGCCACGUCAUAACAGGUGAUUGCGUAUAUCUGUGUGUGCUAUUAUUGAAAAUGAGCUUUUUUGUGCAUUUCCUAAUACCUCAUAAGGCAACUGGAAACCAAAUUGGAAUGAAAGAAAAGGAAAAAAAAAUAAUAGAAAGGCAUUAACAUGCAUAAUACAUAACAAACUCAUGCACAGUGCUUGGUGAUUAUGUUCUGUCUUAAUAUGUACAUUUCUUUUUUAUUAUUAUUGUGCGGUUGGCUGAGGACUCAGUUUACAUCAUCGUAAUCUUUUAUAUUUUCAAGUCUGCAAAUUUAAAAAAUCGAUUAUUAUGCACUUGAAUCUGCAUUGUGUGUCGGUGAACGGACUGAGCGAGGGAUUGCUUUUCUUCUUUCUUAUUUUUAAAAGAAUUGUAAUCUGUUAAAUGUGGAUUUAAUGUUUUUUUGUUGUUUUUUUUAACCAGGCUGUAUGAACUGUCGUAUCAGAGGUAUUUAUAGUCGUCCACUCGAGUAUCUGUUAAUGAGAAAAGUCUGUGUUCAGAUGUACUUUGUAUAUACAAUGGUGUACAUUACAGAGGUACAUUCUUUCUUUUUAGUUUUCUUUUCUUUUUUUUGACGGGGGGGAGGGGUACAGUAUUGUACAGUAAUAGCAAUAGUAGUUUUACUCUCAAAUACACCUUAUAUAAUUCCAUGCGUAGUUCUUGUAGUAAACCUUUUUUUUUGUUUUUUUUAAAUAAACCGCUUGCUAUACA